UCUCUCGGGCGCUGAGGGGCAUGCGGAUCGAGAGAGGGGGGCUCUGCAAGCGUCGGGGCCACGCAGCCACCUGUGAGCCUCCCGCAACUGCGGGCGGCGGCAGCAUCUCCAGCCGGAGACAGGAGGAGACGCUUGGCGGACCCCGCCCGCCGGCCCGCCGGGCGCACACACAGGCGCACACACACUCGCACCCGCGCGCACACGCACAGCCAGCCGGCAGCGGCGGCCGCAGAGAUGCUAACAAGCAGGUCGGGGAAGUUUCCCGCCGGCCUCGGCCGCGGGCCCCGGUGCUUGCAGGUGUAGCGCCCCCGCGUGGCACGGGCGGCCGGGCGUCUCCAGCAUGACCCGCCGGAGCCUGUGGGACGUGUCGGAGGCCAACGUCGAAGAUGGAGAGAUCCGCAUCAACGUAGGAGGCUUCAAGAGGCGGCUGCGCUCGCACACCCUGCUGCGCUUUCCUGAGACGCGUCUGGGCCGCCUGCUGCUCUGCCACUCGCGCGAGGCCAUUCUGGAGCUCUGUGAUGACUACGACGAUGUCCAGCGUGAGUUCUACUUUGACCGCAACCCCGAGCUCUUCCCCUAUGUGCUGCAUUUCUACCACACUGGCAAGCUUCACGUCAUGGCCGAGCUGUGCGUCUUCUCCUUCAGCCAGGAGAUCGAGUACUGGGGCAUUAACGAGUUCUUCAUCGAUUCCUGCUGCAGCUACAGCUACCAUGGCCGCAAAGUGGAGCCCGAACAGGAGAAGUGGGAUGAGCAGAGCGACCAGGAGAGCACCACAUCCUCCUUCGAUGAGAUCCUGGCCUUCUACAACGAUGCCUCCAAGUUUGAUGGGCAACCGCUGGGCAACUUCCGCAGGCAGCUGUGGCUGGCGCUGGACAACCCUGGCUACUCGGUCUUGAGCAGGGUCUUCAGCAUCUUGUCCAUCCUGGUGGUGUUGGGGUCCAUCAUCACCAUGUGCCUGAAUAGCCUGCCGGACUUCCAAAUACCUGACAGCCAGGGCAACCCUGGAGAGGACCCCAGGUUCGAAAUUGUGGAGCACUUUGGUAUCGCCUGGUUCACGUUUGAGCUGGUGGCCAGGUUUGCUGUGGCCCCUGACUUCCUCAAAUUUUUCAAGAAUGCCCUAAACCUUAUUGACCUCAUGUCCAUUGUACCCUUUUACAUCACUCUGGUCGUGAAUCUGGUGGUAGAGAGCACACCUACCCUGGCCAACUUGGGCAGGGUGGCCCAGGUCCUGAGGCUGAUGCGGAUUUUCCGCAUCUUAAAGCUGGCUAGACACUCCACUGGCCUCCGCUCCCUGGGCGCCACCCUGAAAUACAGCUACAAAGAAGUAGGGCUGCUUUUGCUCUAUCUCUCUGUGGGGAUUUCCAUCUUCUCUGUAGUGGCCUACACCAUUGAAAAGGAGGAGAAUGAGGGCCUGACCACCAUCCCUGCCUGCUGGUGGUGGGCCACCGUCAGUAUGACCACUGUGGGGUACGGGGAUGUGGUCCCGGGAACCACCGCAGGGAAGCUGACCGCCUCUGCCUGCAUCUUGGCGGGUAUCCUGGUGGUGGUACUGCCCAUCACCUUGAUCUUCAACAAGUUCUCCCACUUUUAUCGGCGCCAAAAGCAACUUGAGAGUGCCAUGCGCAGCUGUGACUUCGGAGAUGGAAUGAAGGAGGUUCCCUCUGUCAAUUUAAGGGACUACUAUGCACAUAAAGUUAAAUCCCUCAUGGCAAGCCUGACGAACAUGAGCAGGAGCUCACCAAGUGAACUAAGUUUAAAUGAUUCCCUACAUUAGCCGAGAGGACUUGUCAUCCUCAAACCUACGUUGCUGAGCUGCCUCUGGUGCCUCUGGCACAGUCCAGGCACCUUAGAGUUAUGGCGUAAGGAGUAUGCCCAUCCCCAAAGGGGAGAGAUGCAUGGGUUGUGCACCCCAGGUUGCUUUUACAGUAUUUAGAAUCCUUUUUAGAGGGUGUUGUGUCAGACACCAUGCCUUUGCACCCUUUAGUGAAAUGACACUCACUGGUCUUUGCAUCGUGGGUGUAAAAUGUUCACCUUUCUGCCAGAUGAGUACCACCCAGAAUGCUAAUUUUUUCUGUUUAUUGUGUACUCUCUUCUAGUGCUCGUGGCCCAGUACUGUCUGUGAGUUGUUUGUGCUCUUGUUUCUGAGGUUGUCAUGUGAGUUCUGUACAAAAAGCCCCCACAAAUCUGUCCCGUGGAAACACAUUGGUGAGGUCAGCAAGGAUGUGAUGAGAUUUUGCCCAGUCAGCUGAAAACAAAAUCUCAGUUCUCUAUCCAUUGCUUUCAUUUAGUUUCGAUACCAAAACAAAGAACGUGAAGUUAAGCACAUAUGACCGAUGCAAGGCUGUGAGUUGUUUUUACAAAUCAUCUGUAACUCUGUGGCUUGCAUGG